AUGCCACCGAAGCAAGCAAAGCCAGACUCGCGCUCUUGCACCCUCCUCUUUAAGAAGCACAAGACCACCGUUCUCCUAUCACUUCAAUCACAUGAAACUAUCACAUCUGCCAAAGAGAAGCUUCUUCAGGCUUUGAAAUCACGACAGCUCCGCGACAUCAAUGGCGAUGUCAUUCCCGAUGACCCUGCGGCGAUAGAGCUGGGCGUGCCCAUGGACCGAAGCGACCUGGACAAAGGCUGGAUGAGCUUAACAAUGGACGUCCCAGGUCAAGAAAGCGGUGCUAAGACCGGACAGAAGAGGUCGUCAGAUACCCUGCAAGCUGCAGGGCUCCAGAAUGGCCACUCAGUCGCAUUCCGGUUCCGCAAAUCAGGAGCAGGUGAUGAGGUCGAUUUGGACAUGGACCUGAACGAUCCAGGCUGGGAUGUGAUUAUUCCAAGAUUUGAUGAAGAUGAAGAGGCAUAG